AUGGUGGACGUCCGCAUUGAUGAGGAAAAAUUAAUUUUAUUGGUGCAAGAGCGCCGGCAUCUGUGGGAUAACAAAGAUUCUAAUUAUAAGAAUAAAUACGUGACAUCUAAAGCAUGGAACGCAAUUGGAGCUGAGCUGAAAGUGCAUGAGUAUCCAAUAGAGUACUUAGACGAGAGUCUUGAAGAAAUAGUUGAAGAGGAAGCGCCGCAACCCAUUAAAACCCCGCAUAAAACCAUCCCCACACAAAAAAAAAGGAGUGACGCUGUAAUUUUGGAAGAACUUGUGGCGCUUGAAAAAGAGCGUCACGAAAUGGAUAAGCAAGAAAAGAGCGCUAACUAUUAUUUCAUGUUAAGUUUAGUUCCUCUUCUGGAUAGCUUAAGUGAAGAAGAUCAGAUGGAUGCACGGGAGGAAAUUUUAUCAUUUACUAAUAGAAUUGUAAGAGAAAAAAAGCAAAACGAACUAAUAUAG